AUGACGCGGUAUAUUUCAACUUUGCCCCAUGUUUCUAUAAGUACAGAAAGAAUUCUGCCAGCAGACCCUUGCUGCUACCCUGCGCCGCUGUGCCAUUCGUCUCGUAUCUCCAUCCCGGGCCUCGCGGUGUACCCGAAUCUCCCUUAUUGCGGUCGGAAACAUCUUGAAUCAGCGUCUGCGGUCCUGGCGCCCAAUGGCAUUGAAUGUUGCUCAACUUUGAUCUUCCUGCGGUGUUCUAGCCUUCGUCCAACGAUGGAACGGUUUGCCCGAUCUUUGAAUGAAGAGCGCUUUGGCCGAUGUGUCGCCCAUCCCUUGAGAACUUUGAUCGUUUCUCGACGAAAAUUUCACGACUUCGAGGCAGGUACGACCCCGCCUUGCUGCCGCAAGGACCAUGCACUCAGACCGAUUGAGUCGUCGCUUGGGUUUUCUUCCUGGACUAAUGCAAGCAUCGUGCAAGUCUGCGGUCCACGGCUGCUUCGUAUCUCCCUCCACGUACAACCUGGUUGA